ACUCUCUGGCAUAAACAUUCAAACAUUUCCUUCUUAUACCUCUUACUCACAACAAAACAAUGGGUUUUCAUCUUCCUGGAGUCAAAAAAACUUCAAAAUCUGGUGAAGUGCCAAAGGGAUAUUUGGCAAUAUAUGUCAGAAAGGAGAUGAAGAGAUUUGUGAUUCCUAUAUCUCACUUGAAUCAACCUUCAUUUCAAGUGUUGUUAAGUGAAGCUGAAGAAGAAUUUGGACAUGAUCAUCCAAUGGGAGCUCUCACUAUUCCUUGCAGAGAAGACAUUUUCCUGAAAGUCAUUUCUUCCAAGGAAUGCUAGCUAGCAUGAAAAGACAACAUUAACAAUUAGAUUAGUCAACACAAUUUUGUAAAGAAGACAAGUUAGAUAGUGAUUUUGCUAUGUAAAGAUUUCCUCCCUCUUUUUCUUAUUAUGCUUGGGAAAUGACAAAUUGUAUACAUCAGAUGAGAA